AUGGUUUGUCUGAUAACAGUUUUAAUAGUAUUUCUAAUAUACACAACAUUAUUAAUUUGGUCAAAAUACCAGGACAAAAAAGAUGUAUCGAGGGGUGAAAUUGUAAUUCUCCAUGAUAACUAUCCGGGAGAAGAUGAAGCUUAUUUAGUGACGGUAUACACGGGAGACAUCGCUGGUGCUGGAACUACGGCUAAUGUAUGCCUACAAUUACACGGGAAUAUUAGCAGCAGUCGAAUCCAUUGGUUGUACAAUUCAGAGUGUGACGUUUUGCAGCGUUUCAAUGACGAUUGGUUUAUCAUUUUUACACCAACAAGUCUCGGUGAAUUUAAGUCUAUUCAUAUAUGGCACGAUAAUUAUGGAAAUAAUCCUAACUGGUAUUGUAAACGCAUUGAAGUCACCGAUGUGCGAAAAAAUAAAAAAUGGAAUUUCAAUGUGGAAAGAUGGUUUACGACCAUAAGCUCGUUUGAAGAUAUUGAGCACGUUAUUAUUGUAGGAGCGCCUUACGAUUGGCAAAAAAAACCUAUAGAUGAUGUUGGAUUAACUAUACGUGAAGAAUAUCUAUGGGCAAGUGUAUUUAUACGUCAUCCAAGAUCUUUAAUAACACGAUGUCAAAAAUUGAACAAAAUAAUAUGUUUAUUAUUGAGUGCAAUGGUUACAAGCUUAUUAUUUUAUGAUUUUAUAGACAAUGACGAAGAAAAUUUUUUGAAAUUUGAAAUAACAUAUUCUCAAAUUUCUAUUUCUAUACAAGGAUGUUUAAUAAGCUUAUUUAUGACGUUUGGCACUAGUUAUUGUUUUCAUAAAAGUUCUGGCUACAACAAAUAUUAUGUUGUUCAACAAGAGAAAAAAAAUGAUCAAAUAAAAGAAUCUAAGUGGAAAAAGUUACUAGCUUUGAUAGCUCCGCCUAAAACCGUAUAUUUGCCUGCUCAGAUGGAAGAUAAAAGUAACAAGAAAACUGUAAUAAAUUAUUGGCUUAUAGCUGGAUGGGUGUUAAGCAUACUUAUUUAUGCUUUAUCGAUCGUUGUAAUCAUUACCUUUGGAUUGAAAAUAGGUCAAGUGAAAAGCUUACACUGGUUAAUGACAUUGCUAAUAACGAUUAUACAAAAUGCAUUCAUAUUUGAACCUAUGCAAAUAUUAAUAUUUAGUUUAAUAAUAUUUAAACUCGAUCAUGGACGGCAUCAUAUAUUAUUAAACAAAUAUACAAUUAACCUGGAUGAUUUCCGUAGAAAUACAAAGAAACAAUUACAGAAUAUUCGCUUAAUACAAAGUUUACGAGAGCGCAGAAAAAGAUAUGUGUAUAGCCCGAUGACACCAACAUCUGCUCAAAUUUUACAAGCUAGGUUUAGAGAUAAAUUGCGGCGUGAAAGAUUUCAAGAAAAUGUUGGUACAUGUCUGCUAUUAAUAUUAAUAUCAUUAUGUUGUAUUAGUGGGUUGUAUUCAUUUAGCAAUCACAAACAUAUCGUACAUGCCAAUAAUAUUAACAAAUUAUUUCUCAAAAGCUUAUUACAAAAAAAUAUGAUGGAUUUGGAAAUGAUUAAAGCAUUUUUAACUGAAACGCUUUUAAAUCCCUUUCAUACCAGAGAAUACUAUAGUGGAAUGCCAAUAGUCAAUAAAUCAAUGCCAUAUCUAAGUGAAAAUAAUGCAAGAGGUUGGUGUAGUUUUUACAACAGUAAAUUAGUGAACGGAGGCAUUAGACUAAAACAAAAUAGAAUCGCAGAAAAUAACUUAAGAUGGGAAAGCGAUACAGGUAGUUACAAAGAAAAAUGGAUAAAAACUACCGAAAUUAGCGAUGUUACGGCUUGGGUUUAUAGGUCUAUACCAGUGAUAAAAUAUUUCGGACUAUGGUUUCCUGUUACAGAAAGUUCUGGAUUUAUAUUAGAUCUAACUGGACAACUAUCGGAGUAUGAGAAAAAUAUAAAAGAUCACUUAGAAAAUGGAUGGUUGGAUAAUAGAACGAGAAAUCUAGUCAUUGAAUUUCAUACUUACACACCUAACAUUAAUUGCAUUACUGUAUUCAAAAUAAAAUUCCAAACUUUAUCGGGACUAUCAUAUACAGUACAUAGUGAGGUGUGGUCGGUGCCUUCGGAUUCGGUGGUCGUGACGUGGAGCACGUACGUGUUCACGCUGGUGUUCAUGUUUGCGUACGCAAUGAUGACCGUGCGGCUGAUGAUUUCUCUGAAGCACAUGGUGUCCGCCAUGUACGACUACGGCGGCGGCGAGUACCGGGCGCUGUGCGCGGCUUACGAGUGUGCGGUGCUGGCGGUGGUCAUGUGCGCGAUGUUCGCGGUGACCGGCCGCUGGCAGUUGAUGGAAGUGGCCCACGAGUUGUACUCGGUGGCCCAGGAGACGGCGGUCGUCGGCACCAUGACGUACAUGUGCCAGGCCCACGAACAUGUGGCCUCGCUGGCGUCCGUCAUCGUGGCCAUGGCGCUGUUCCGCACGUUUCAACUGGUCAUGUACGAGAGACGAGCGUCGCACGUGGUGCGAGCCCUGGGCGCGUCGAUGAGGCCCGCGGCCACGGUGGCCGCCUACUGCCUGAUUGUCACGUACGGCGCCUGGGGCGGCGUGACGGCCGGCGAUGGCCCCGGGUUCCUCAACGCGUUCGUUUUGUCCCGGACGGACUGGCGGAACGACGUGACUCAGCCGCCGCCGAUGGCCACGGUCGUCUCGGCCGUCGCGUUCCUGCUCUUAAACGCCGCCGUCGUGUCGAUCAUCACCAAGCGCUACGUACUGUCCAAACUUUACACUCGACAAUGACGUGCCGAUAUUGUCAAUGAUUGUUAUUGAUUUGUUGUUCGUUCGAAACAGCGUUAAUACUGUUUAUCGCCAUGCCUGUUACCUACCUACUUGUUAUUGUUAUAUUAUGAUACUGUAUUAUAGUUUUGAAUUUAUUUCCUAAUA